ACUAAUCUUCAUAUCUCAAAGUAUUUGAAGCUCCAGAGAACCACAAUGGAUUUUUUCCAAACAUCAAGCAACAAUAUGAAAUUCCACCACAACAAAAAGAGGUUAACCCAAGACCAAGUGAAGCUCCUGGAGAGAAGCUUCAGCUCCAACAACAAGCUCGAGCCAGACCGCAAGCUCCUGCUGGCCAAACAGCUGGGAAUCCCAGCCAGACAGGUCGCCAUUUGGUACCAAAACAAGCGAGCCCGGUGGAAGACGCAGAGCCUCGAGCUCGGCUACAAUGCCAUCCAAAUGAGGCUGGACACUGCACUAGCGGAGAAGAGGAGACUGGAGAAAGAUGUUGAGAGGCUUAAAGAAGAGUUAAACAGGGCUCAUGAACUGUUUUUGGCUUUGAACAACCAGAGACAACAAGUAAGUGGUGAUAAUCAUGCUGUGGUUUGCUCAGUGUUUUCAUCUUCUUGUGAUCAAGAGGGUGCCACUAGCUCUAGUUUGCUCGGGGAUCAAGGGGUUAACCAUGAGAUUAAGGAUUAUGAGGAGCUCUACGCUUGUUUGAUCGGCAUGCAGUAGAAUUGGGUUUGCUUUUGAUCUUACAAUCUGCAUUUUCACUGUAUUUCUGGGUGAGUCCGUACCGUACGUGCUCAGCUGCGAAUUACAUUGCAAGUGUGCAAUUAUAAUAUAUACUCAUGAAAAUAUAAUAAUAAUAAUAAUAAUAAUAAUAAAGACAGUGAAACCAAUUUGUACAGCACUACCUAGUUAAUUUUCAUGAAUGGAUUAGAUGGUUUUGAAGGGAUGCCUGAUAUCAGGAAGGGGGAAUGUAACUUGUAAUAAUUGAAAUUUUCU